ACCUCCGUGCACCAUGGCCGAGUUUUGAAAUAUUGAUCUUCAGGCAUGAGAAGGGACUGUCACUGCUCAUGCUCAGCAUCUCAGCUGGCUGUACGUUCUAGCCCCACCAAAAUCUUCGCCACCAUGCCGCCAGCUUGUUGUUACUAAGAUGUUUAUCAAUCGUUGAUCUUUAACGUUAUUUUAUGUGAAAUGUAGUUUAUUCGAUUUGCCUUAACGGCAGAGUUUUUCGUCGGCUGAACGGUUGAAAAAAAGGCCUCACCAUUGCGAACAUAAUCCCUAUUAUGAUGUUGGGGCGCAAGCAGAGCCUCAAAGGGGAGCCCGUCCUGGCCGAUUACGGUCCAGAGGAAUCCCUCAACGAAAGUGCUGACAUCGAAUGGGUAAAUAAGCUCUGGGUCAGAAGAUUAAUGAGGUUCUGCGCCCUGGUUUCCUUGGCAUCAGUUUGCCUCAACACUCCGAAGACCUUCGAGAAGGUGCCGCCGCUUCAGUAUGUCACCUUUAUUUGCGACCUCAUAGUUACCUUCCUAUUUACUGCCGAAAUGAUAGCCAAAAUGCACAUCCGUGGUAUCUUGAAGAGUUCGAUGACUCUGUUGCAGGGAGAGGUGCCUUACCUGAAGGAUCAUUGGUGUCAAUUCGACGCGAGCAUGGUGUUCUUUCUAUGGUUGUCUGUUAUCCUACAAAUGUUCGAGAUGCUUGGCUUUGUUCUCAAGUUCAGUUACGCUUCCAUUAUGCGAGCUCCACGUCCUCUGAUCAUGAUACGAUUUCUUCGCGUCUUCCUCAAAUUCUCCAUGCCAAAGUCUAGGAUCAAUCAGAUCUUCAAACGGUCGAGCCAACAGAUCUACAACGUGACCCUGUUCUUCCUAUUCUUCAUGUCUCUUUACGGCCUACUCGGAGUCCAGUUCUUUGGCGAGCUGAAGAAUCACUGUGUCCUAAACAACACCGAUCCUAAUCGCAUAACCAUAAACAGCAUGGCCAUACCUGACACCUUCUGUUCCACCGACCCCGAGUCCGGAUAUCAGUGUCCCGAAGGAAUGAUGUGCAUGAAAUUAGAACUCUCUCGGUACAUUAUGGGAUUUAAUGGAUUCGAUGAAUUCGCAACAAGUAUCUUCACAGUCUACCAAGCUGCCUCUCAGGAAGGAUGGGUCUUCAUCAUGUACAGAGCAAUCGACAGUUUACCAGCGUGGCGGGCAGUUUUGUAUUUCAGUACGAUGAUCUUCUUUCUUGCCUGGCUCGUGAAAAAUGUUUUCAUCGCUGUGAUAACAGAAACGUUUAACGAGAUAAGAGUGCAGUUUCAACAAAUGUGGGGCGUGCGUGGACACAUAAGUAACAGUUCGGCUUCUCAGAUCUUGACUGGAGACGACAAUGGCUGGAAGUUGAUAACGCUCGAUGAGAAUAAACAUGGUGGACUCGCGUCUCCGUUGUGUCAUGCGAUUCUUCGCUCGCCGCAUUUUCGUAUGGUUGUCAUGUGCGCCAUUUUGGCGAACGGCAUCACCACGGCCACAAUGAAUUUUAAGCACGACGAGAGACCACGUCAUACCUAUUACGAUAAUUAUUACUAUGCCGAAAUCGCUUUCACGAUAUUCUUGGAUCUCGAGACGCUCUUCAAAAUUUGGUGCUUGGGCUUUCGCGGCUACUACAAACAUUCCAUACACAAGUUCGAGCUGCUACUUGCGAUUGGCACGACAAUACAUAUAAUUCCGUUCUUUUAUCUCUCGGGAUUUACCUACUUUCAGGUUCUGAGAGUGGUCAGACUCAUAAAAGCUUCACCCAUGCUGGAGGAUUUUGUCUACAAGAUCUUUGGACCUGGCAAAAAAUUGGGCAGCCUCAUUAUAUUCACUAUGUGCUUGCUGGUCAUAUCUUCCAGCAUUUCCAUGCAGCUCUUUUGCUUCCUCUGUGACUUCACGAAAUUCGAAACGUUUCCCGAGGCCUUCAUGUCCAUGUUUCAAAUCCUGACGCAAGAAGCAUGGGUGGAUGUCAUGGACGAAACGAUGCUCAGGACACACGAAACAAUGGCGCCAUUCGUAGCCGUGUACUUUAUUCUUUAUCAUCUGUUUGUCACGUUGAUUGUGCUGAGUCUUUUCGUUGCUGUGAUCUUGGAUAAUUUGGAGCUCGACGAGGACAUCAAGAAGUUGAAGCAGCUGAAGUUUCGUGAGCAAAGUGCCGAGAUCAAGGAGACUCUACCGUUUAGAUUACGAAUUUUCGAAAAAUUUCCUGACAGUCCGCAAAUGACGUGUCUCCACAAAGUCCCGUCUGAUUUUAAUUUGCCAAAGGUGCGCGAGAGCUUCAUGAGACAAUUCGUUUUCGAGGUAGAAGACGACGAGAACGAGGGCGCCAAGAAAAUCAACGAAACCUUCGACUCGAAAAUGGUGUAUCGCAAGCAGCGACCAGUUAAGAUUUUAAAUAAUCCGCCAAAAGUGAGAAACGUCGUGACCAGUCUUAAGGAAGCAGCAGUAACGUACAUCAUAAACGAUUCGAAUAAUCAAAGGUUGAUGCUGGGAGAUUCAGCAAUGAUACCAGUGCCAGGCAAAGGCCUCCUGAAGCCCCAAGGAACCGUGAGCAGUGCCAAGCAACUGCGGAUAGAUCAAAAAAAGUCAAUUAGACGAAGUGUCCGUAGUGGCUCCAUAAAGCUGAAGCAGACCUACGAGCAUCUGAUGGAGAACGGGGAUAUCGGUGCGAUAAACAGAGUAAGCUCAUCUCGCAGCAGGCCUCACGAUCUCGACAUAAAGCUGCUGCAGGCCAAGAGGCAGCAAGCUGAAAUGAGAAGGAACCAACGCGAGGACGAUUUGAGGGAGAACCAUCCGUUCUUCGACACGCCCCUGUUCGCGGUACCUCGCGAGAGCAAGUUUCGAAAGAUCUGCCAGCUGCUCGUCUAUGCCCGGUACGACGCAAGAUUGAAAGAUCCGUUGACCGGGAAGGAGAGAAAAGUGCAGUAUAAGAGUUUACACAAUUUUCUCGGAUUGGUCACGUACUUGGACUGGGUUAUGAUAUGCGCCACCACAUUCUCCUGCAUAUCCAUGAUGUUCGAAACUCCGAGGUACCGCGUUAUGGAAGUGCCGGCCCUACAGAUCGCCGAGUACGGCUUCGUGAUCUUCAUGAGCAUCGAGCUAGCUCUGAAGAUCCUGGCCGACGGGCUUUUCUUCACACCUAAGGCUUACAUCAAGGACGUAGCUUCCGUUUUAGACGUGUUCAUUUACGUGGUAAGCCUCGUUUUUCUCUGCUGGAUGCCAAAGAGCGUCCCGCCAAAUUCCGGGGCGCAGCUGCUUAUGAUUCUGCGCUGCGUAAGGCCGCUCAGAAUAUUCACCCUGGUCCCUCACAUGAGAAAAGUUGUCUACGAACUCUGUAGAGGAUUCAAAGAGAUCCUGCUGGUAUCCACCCUCCUGAUAUUGCUGAUGUUCGUCUUUGCGAGUUACGGGGUCCAGCUUUAUGGCGGAAGACUGGCACGUUGCAACGAUCCGACCAUCCUGAGGAGGGAAGAUUGCGUCGGGGUUUUCAUGCGAAGAGUCUUUGUUACCAAGAUGAAACUUCAACCUGGACAAAACGAAAGUUAUCCAUCCAUACUGGUUCCGCGAGUCUGGGCGAAUCCACGAAGAUUCAAUUUUGACAAUAUCGGGGAUGCGAUGCUCGCACUUUUUGAAGUUUUGUCGUUCAAAGGAUGGCUCGACGUCAGGGACGUCCUCAUUAAGGCUCUUGGUCCUGUCCAUGCCAUUUAUAUCCACAUUUAUAUCUUCCUCGGAUGUAUGAUCGGUCUGACCUUGUUCGUCGGCGUGGUUAUUGCUAAUUAUUCAGAGAAUAAAGGCACAGCUUUGCUCACAGUCGAUCAACGACGCUGGUGUGAUCUUAAGAAGAGGUUGAAAAUCGCUCAGCCACUACAUUUGCCUCCCAGACCAGAUGGCAAGAAAUUUCGAGCCUUCAUUUAUGACAUCACACAGAAUAUUUAUUUCAAAAGAUUCAUCGCCGUCAUGGUCCUAAUAAAUAGUGGUCUUUUAUGCGUUUCGUGGAGAAUCGAAGAGGAACACACGGAAGCUCUAGCAACCGUCUCCACCAUAUUGACGCUGGUUUUUCUGGUUGAAGUCAUCAUGAAGAAUAUAGCGUUUACACCACGAGGCUAUUGGCAGUCCCGCAGAAACAGAUAUGACCUCUUAGUCACUGUCGUUGGAGUCAUUUGGAUAGUCAUUCAUUGUACCAUGAAAAACGACCUGUCAUACGUCAUUGGAUUUAUGGUGGUGAUUCUGCGAUUCUUCACUAUUACUGGAAAACAUACCACACUAAAAAUGUUAAUGCUCACCGUGGGAGUAUCCGUUUGUAAAAGUUUCUUUAUCAUUUUUGGUAUGUUUCUCUUGGUAUUUUUUUACGCCCUGGCGGGAACGAUUAUCUUUGGAACUGUCAAGUACGGCGAAGGAAUUGGCAGACGAGCCAACUUUGAGUCACCUGUCACUGGAGUGGCUAUGCUCUUUCGUAUAGUCACUGGCGAGGAUUGGAAUAAAAUUAUGCACGACUGCAUGGUGCAACCGCCAUAUUGUACACCCGCUGCUAAUUACUGGGAAACGGAUUGCGGAAACUUUCAUGCGUCUCUCAUAUACUUUUGUACAUUUUACGUUAUCAUUACGUAUAUCGUUCUCAAUUUACUAGUGGCUAUUAUCAUGGAGAAUUUUUCUUUAUUCUAUUCUAAUGAAGAAGACGCGUUACUAUCUUACGCUGAUAUAAGAAAUUUUCAAAAUACCUGGAACGUCGUUGAUAUUUAUCAACGGGGCGUGAUACCAGUCAGACGGGUCAAAUUUAUACUACGUUUAUUGAAAGGACGACUGGAAACAGAUCCACAAAAAGAUAGAUUGCUUUUUAAAUACAUGUGUUACGAAUUGGAACGACUACACAAUGGCGAGGAUGUAACAUUUCAUGAUGUCAUCAACAUGUUGUCCUAUAGGUCGGUUGACAUUAGAAAAGCUCUUCAGUUGGAGGAGCUUUUGGCGCGUGAAGAAUUUGAAUAUAUAAUAGAGGAGGAAGUAGCCAAACAGACGAUUAGAACAUGGCUGGAGGGAUGUCUUAAGAAGAUACGAGCAGUUGGUGUAAAUAAUUUCAGUAUCAAUUUUUUGCCAAAAAGUAUAUUACAACAAUGUUCAUUACAGAAAACGCAAAAUAAUUUAAUUGCGGGCUUACGAGCGACAAACGACGCUGUGACUCCGGCUCAAGAUCACACAGAGGAGAAGGGUAAAGAAACCAGUGUCGAUCGCGAAGAAGAGACUGACGUAAAGGUAAAGGACGCCGAGGGUCUCAGGCAUAGAAGCAAAAAGCCUAUAGUGCUACCAAGAUCGGACAGUAUAGGAAGUGGAUCAGGCCGGAAGUAUCUUGCUCCAACAUUAUCCGAUCCAGCAUCGGUGCGAACGGAAAAGGAGAAAAUAGCCGUCUCGAAGAAAAGAAAUAGCCGACCCUCCCCGGUCGUGAAAAACAAUUUACCACACUUGACAGAAGGUACAGAGCAAAGCAAACAGCGGGAGACGCUCAGUGCGAAGACGACAACACCAAAAGUCUCCAGCGUGAUGCUUGAGGUGAGAGAAUGGUGGCGCGAACAGCUCGCCUACAGUACAGAAUCCAGCGAGGAAGAAAAUUGAUGAUCUGUGAGGGACUCUGCAUAAAGUAGAAAAUUAAAAAUUAAUAAUGUUCCAACUAUCGAGAAGUACAUGAGUGUGCGUACGCAGGAUAUUGAAGUUAAGAGAAACGUUCUGUGUUAUGCGUAAAUUUUGUACAAUGCACAGACGUACUGAUGGUUGCAGGAAGUGAGGUCUCCUAUGGAUCGAGCUUUAAAUUAUAGGUAUACGACGGGCAGAAGAUCUAGAGAAUUGUUAGUAUAAAAAUAGAAGAGAACCAGUCAGGUUUUUCUUUCGAAAUUUUGCUGGACGGGUAUGUAUUUGUUUGAAGAAUCAUGGUGACUCGAUUGGAUUAACAUAUUUAUGAAAUACUCAGGUUUUGCAGAGCUAGGUGAUAACGUGUAUUAUCCGACGAAUCUUUAUUAGGCGGACGUAUUAGUGAAAGGCACUUUUCUUUCGUUAAACCAAGAAAAAUGAUAAGACGUGAGAAAGUGCGAUUCGCGUGUUUGCAGACAUAAUAAGAAUUGAGUGUAUUAUAUGAUUAUUAAACGAUAAAGUUUUGUAAGUCGUCCACCAUGGAGUGGCUGGGUAACCAAGGAGUAAAACAAGACAGGAGGAAAGAACGUUCAGGUAGCGAUUAGGAAGAGUAAUUUAUAAGAGUAUGUAGAUUUUGUACGAAUUGCGGCGAAGCACUAGAUAGUAAUUUAAGGUUGAGGUGGUUGAGGUUGAAAAGGGCAACUGUUAGUACAAUGAGCACUGGAUACGAUUCGACAAAGUCUCUUAGCGAUGGAAACGGUCCGGCUCCUUUUAAGAGUUUAAGGAACUUUAUGAGUUAAGUCGAUUAGGUGUUAUUAAACGUUGCAGACUGAGUGAUUAGAUUUUGUAUGGUACUAAUUACUAAUGUUGGGUCUGAACUUCCUUUGUCACUGAAGACACAUUUGCCAAUGAGAUCUGUCAAAUUCAUUAAUGAAAACCAAAUGAAACCCAAUGAAAAAGGAUGCUAUGUCUUCAUUGAAUGAGGUUAAAACUACAAUGGCCGUUUGAAUCUAAGUGUCAGAACUAUUGUAGUCAGUCGAGUAUUAGAUAAUUGUAGUACAUCGUAGAUGUAGGGAAUUGUUCGUCUUGUUUGUAGGAGAAAAAAAAAAAAUAACAUAAUUGGAUCUCGAACGGUCUAUUGUGAUUCUUGUGACAAGAAAGGAGGGUAAUUUUUAUUAUGUCGUCAAUUCCCAAUAUUUUCCUAGUUUGCAUUAAAAACCGCGAGAGAAUCCUAGGUCUACUAGCUUUCAUUGAAUUUAUUUCUUACAUCGUAAUGAGAAUUUUUUACGUGAAAAAUGACCGUCCCAGACCUUGCGUUUUGACACUGUGAAAUAUUUAAUCGAGCAGAUUGUUAAUUGUCAAAACAUAGGAGAAGGGUAACAAGGUUGAAGAGCCGAAGGGUUAAUGGGUGAGGCGAUUGAAAAGCAAAAGAAAGAGCAUCAAAGUUAAUAAUAAAAGUUGUGCGAAGAAAAAGAAAGAAAGAAUCUCUCGUGGAAGAGAAACCAAUUGGAGGAAAUACAUCGAUCGUAUUUCAGACCCAGCCUAAAUGUUAGCUAGUGAUAAUAAUAUGAGUAUUAUAUAUAUAUAUAUAAAUAUAUAUAUACUAUGAGUUGAUUUUAUAUAUAUUUACAUGAAAGCAGGAAGGAAAGCAGUAGAGAUGUAAACUAUAUUACGUUUACGUUAUCGUGAUAAAUGUUGAUCAUUGUUGCCUAGUUUAUGUGCCAAUGUGUUGUAUUAUAAUGUAUAGAGCUAAUACAUGUUAUUAUAUAUAAAAUGA